AGGCCACGGAGUGAUGGCAGUCAGCUGUGACGUUCAUUCUCAGUCUGGUUUGGUCGGGCAAGACGCAUGAACGUACUGCGCAGAGGAAGACUGAGAAACUCUAGAGCAACUAACUCCACUCUACGCUUUGUGUGGCGCACUCGGAGGAACGUGCGGUCAUAGAGAUAGAUUAAAAACAAGCUGCAAUGUAAUGCCAGUGUCGUGACGUGAGCCGUUCGCGAAAGAUCGCCGGUUCGGGGUAGUAUAGAAAAAGCAGAGAAGAACGAGAGGAACGAAGAUUGACAGAAAACAAAAUACCUGAAAAGGGUGGAAGAGAUAAAGACAGAGGGUGAAAGAAAAAGUAUAGCAGUGCCAAUAAAAUAAUGUAAACUUGUCAUAAGGCUUAGUUGCUAGCAGCGUUUAGGGAGAUAACUGCCCUCGGUUCUUCGGCCAAGAAUAAAACUUCAGAAGGGACCAGUAGGACAACAUUUAAGCACGAUUCGACGAAGAUCACAUCAUGGUGAGUCAGAGAGGAUGGAAUAAAAGGAAACAGAAUUCAAAUCGAUUAUGGAUGGCUGGAAUUUUGCCACGCUUAUGAAAAUAGAGGUUCAGCUUUCUUCAUCAAAUCAUAAAAAAUUCAAAAUAGAACAGUUCACGCACUGUGCACGUGCAGAUCAUGUCAUUAUUUACUGUGAUAUAUUUAUAUAGCGAAGGAAGUUAAUAUCUAUGUAUAAUCAGACCUAACAUACAAUAAGAGUCACUGAUCUUCGUUCAGAAUUUCAAGACCAACUUAGCGACACUUUAGUACAACAGAAUGGUAGCGAGUCUGAGCAACAGGUGUUCCACUGACAAAUAUUGACUACGAAAUUAAUAUUUAAAAUUUCAAUUAUUGUUAUGUCACAUACCCUACGCACUUCCAUCAAACAUCAUAUGGCAAAUUCGUGCAAUAUAUUAGUACGAUAAGGUUGAUUAACUCGAGUGAAAGUCCAAUUAAAAAGUUUUAAUCAAAUAUUUCAAGAAGUCUUAAAUAAUCACUGACGUCUGUGUUACAUCAUGCUAAUAUUCUGAUAAGUUUUUUCAAUUGUCAGUAAUAACGCUAACCACUCGGAAGAUUUAUAAACACUAAUCAGCCAGAGUGUAAUACUUUUUCAGAAGCUCCUAGCAGAGGCACCUGGACGGCCAGAGAGGCGCAGGGCCAAUCAAGUGUUGGAGGAUAUUGCUACCUAAUUGGAGAAGGAGAUCCAAAACAUUAACAUCCUAGUGGAAAUGAGUGGACACGUUGCACCGAGUCCUGUAGAUGGUAGCCAAGUGGUCCUUGAAAGGAUUCAGGUAUCCGUCAUGCCAGGCAUAACUAAGUCAUCGGUACCAAGUCAAUCCUCGUCCAUCCAUGAGAUACUUACGGAGGAAGGUCAAGGGAGCGUCCAACAGAACAUCUCGAAUACUCAGAGGGUCCUCACCAGUUUGUUAGCUGGAGCGAUAGCAGGAGCCCUGGCGAAGACUACCAUUGCACCCCUAGAUAGGACGAAGAUCAAUUUUCAGAUCUCGAAGAUGCCAUACUCUGCUAAGGCUGCUAUUGAAUUCUUAGUGAACUCUUAUAAAAAGGAUGGACUGCUGAGUCUCUGGCGUGGGAACAGUGCAACGAUGGCCAGGAUCGUACCCUAUGCUGCCAUUCAGUUCACUGCUCACGAACAGUGGAAACGAUUGCUGCAUGUAAAUGGUCCAGAGACGACGACUCCUGUUAAAAGAUUUUUAGCUGGAUCCUUGGCUGGUGUCACGUCGCAAAGCUUGACCUAUCCGUUGGAUCUUGCUAGGGCCAGGAUGGCUGUGACCAAGAAAGCAGAGUGUAGGACACUUCGACAAAUGUUUUCUAGUAUCUAUAGGCAAGAGGGAAUCAUAGCAUUUUACAGAGGAUUCACCCCGACGAUACUUGGUGUUGUUCCUUAUGCUGGAUUCAGUUUCUUUACCUACGACACGCUCAAAAAUGUAAUCGCUGUGUAUACUGUAAAUCGUCCUGGAUUAUCAGCAAUGUCUGCACUGAUUUGUGGUGCUGUUGCUGGAAUGGUUGGCCAAACCAGCAGUUAUCCUUUGGACAUCGUACGUAGGAGAAUGCAAACCUCAGCGAUAAAGGGUCAACAUUAUCAUACGAUAUACACGACAACCGUCAAAAUAUAUACGGAAGAGGGAAUCAUGGCGUUUUUUAAAGGUCUAAGUAUGAAUUGGGUGAAAGGUCCUGUUGCUGUGGGUAUAAGUUUCGCUACAUACGAUGUUAUAAAAGACUCACUCAGGAAGAUCAUUUGCUAAUAUUAGUAGGCCCAACCUAAAGAUGGGUGCUAAAUCAAUUUCUCGUAUUGUCUGUCUCUCAUUUUCUCUCAAUAGAGAGACUCUAGGAGCAAACGAUCGAUUGUGUAAAUAUAUACAUAUGUAUAUCAUAGUAUGCACGUAACGAGGUGAUUUUUGCGGGCUGCAAAAACAUUGAGAUUCUCACAGAAUUUCAUGGGUCUACUGAAAGUGUAUAGAUAGUGGCUUUGCAAUACUAAGAGGGCACCUCAAUUUGUAAAAAUUGUUAAAGAUUGUGUACAUAUUGUCGUAUAAGUUGUUACGUUAAACAUUUAAUGAUACGAAAGAAGCGCAAUCGUUCUGGUCCUUGAAACUUCGUAGGAAAAUUACGAUUUAUAUAUUAUUCCUAUUCGCAAUUUAUCGCCAUACUUUUUUUUACCUCGUCAAUUAGUAGAAGAAAAAUCAGUUAAAUAACAUUUCGAGUUUUUACGUGCGUUUAUGAGAAAAACCUAUUAUGUGAGUUUUAAAAUCUUAUUGAUUUUUUAUUAGACUAUUUUUUUAUUAUUAGACACUCUUCAUUGAGAUCUUCGUCAACUUUUGCAUAGCAACUAGAUUCGAGCGCAUUAAAAUUUUUCACGAGACUAUAUGUACUUAAGGUACGAUUGAUCGGUAGAGUUGUAGCAGGUAUAUUGGAUAAGGCCGGCAUUAUCUAAGGUUAAUGCUGCUUGUAUCCCUUAAACAUUUAUUAGUGAGUUGCAUGGAUGGAAACAAUAAUGAACAGUACUAUUGUUAAUAUCGGGCUUCCGUUUAACGUAUAUAUCAAGAUAGUUGACGAUUACAAGAGCAUCUUUAAUGAUUCUUUUAAAUUAAUCGAGCGAUCAAGUAAACUUGGAGACCACAGAAAGUGCAGUCUGUUAACGAAGCUUUCUCUGAAAAAAAUUGUAAUCGUUUAAUCAGAAUCGUUAUUUGUUAAAAAAAAAAAAGAGAGAAAAGGUAUAAUAAUUAUUGUAUAACUCUUCAGAACACGAGACACUUGAAAUCAACUGUUAUUCAACUUUAAAGGUUAAUCCAUGUUCUUUGAAAGGUGCGAAAAAAGGAUCUCGUACCCCUAAAUGAAUAUUUUGUGAUUCUAUUACAAAGUUUGUUAAAUUCCGGACGAGUUCCGGUAGGAAAAUAAAGAACGAAAUAUUUUUUACGAAA